GUAUGCGUUACGGAUAAAUAAAAUUUCCUUUUCCUCCCCUCUCUUUAGUGAUGCGGGGUAUUUUUUUUUUUUUUUUUAGUAGUGCCUUUUUUCUUUUUUCUAUUUUUCUAUUUUACACCAUGUCGAAUCCUUUUACUGAAUCCAGUAUCCAAAUAUUAAAAGAAGCCUUUCCAAAAGUGCAAGAGUCUGUCAUUGACGACAUGUUAUGGACGGCUAAAGGCAAUGUGCAAGACGCAUUUGAAAUGUUACUUAGCAUGACCAACGGUCCCGAUACUUUUAAACCCUUACCUAAAGUGAAUGCCAAGCCUUUGUCUGUUCGGGAAGAAUUAGAUCAAUGGCGUCAAGAUCUAAGAAAAGAAAGUAAGCAACGAGCCACCGUCACUCGUAACGUUCAAUCCACACCCAGUUUCUCUAAUAUGUUCAGAUCAAGCAGACAUGAGCCACAAGCGUCAUUUAAUCCAUUUGAGGAACAAGAGGUCCCACCUCCUGCGUAUCAUGAAAUUAAUCGCGAUACACUUAUUCAUAAUAAGUGAAAAAAAAAAGUUUGAUGAAUAAAGUACGUCAUGUUGAUUUCCAAAAAAGGGGUGUGAAUCUCAACCCCCAAACAGGAAAAAAAAAAAAAAA